AGACUGCAGCGCGGCUGGGCUGGGGUUGGGCUUUGCAGGCGGGGGCUCAGACCCGGCUCCCCCGGGGGCGCAGCCGAGGGGCGAGCUGGGGCUCCCCGCCACCGGCGGCUGCCGCGGGGCGGUGCCCGUGGGGCGGUGCUCGUAGGGGAGGCCGGCGCGCCCGCCCGCCCGGCGGCUGUGGCCGUGAGGGGCCGCCCGUAGCCGCCCGCCCGCGCACGCCGCCUAGCCAAUGGGAGUGGCGCUUGUUAGCGGGCCGGGAGGUGGUGGCGUUGCCACAGCAGCGGUGGGGCCAGCGGCAGCGGCUGGGGAGCGCCAUGGAGGGGCUGGAAGGUGAGGUUACAGUACCAACUGGAGAUUUGCUGCCAUGUAGGAUUUGCGGAAGGACUUUCUUUCCAGCAGCACUUAAAAAGCAUGGACCCAUUUGCCAAAAAACUUCUGCCAAGAAGAGGAAGACAUUUGAUUCCAGCCGACAGAGAGCAGAAGGAACUGACAUUCCCACAGUAAAACCUCUUAAGCCACGGCCAGAACCACCCAAAAAACCUUCCAAUUGGAGAAGAAAGCAUGAGGAAUUUAUAGCAACCAUACGAGCAGCCAAAGGACUUAAUCUCAAAGAUGGUGGAAAACUGCCUCCACCACCUCCGCCAUCAUAUGACCCUGAUUACAUUCAGUGUCCAUACUGUCAAAGGAGAUUUAAUGAAAAUGCAGCUGACAGGCAUAUCAAUUUCUGUAAGGAGCAAGCAGCGCGUAUUACUAAUAAGGGGAAAUUGGCAGCUGAUACCAAAGGGAAGCUUCCUACUCGAACACAGUACAAACCUGCUGCAGUUAAGAAGAUGCCUUCUGUAGGAUCAGCACCGUCGUCAUCAUCACGCUUACCACAGCCAAGUGGUGUUAGCAAAACUGUUGUAGGUGCCUCUUCAAGUAAAGCACUAUCUUCAUCUGGAUCCAGUGGGAGCAAAAUUCAGACAUUAUCACCAGCUCAUAAAAACUCAUUGGGAAUGGUGAACCCACAAGCAGGAGGUGCAACAAAAACACGGACAUCAACCCCUCCUAGUGUGGCAAGAACCAUGAGCACGGGUGCUCUAACCAGCAAAAGAAAAACUAGCAACUCAGACAGUUACUCAAGGUCCGACAGUAAAAUUGGGUAUGACGGUGGAGACUACCCAUCCUCAGUCAAUGGAGGAAGUUCAAAAAGCAGCGAAGGAAAUUCACCUGUACAACUGUCAAAGUUCUGCCAUGAAUGUGGAACAAGGUAUCCAGUGGAAUGGGCAAAGUUUUGCUGUGAGUGUGGAAUUCGAAGAAUGGUAGUGUGAACACAUCCUCAAAAGCAAAAAGAAAAUGAGAAAUUGGAAGCGUCUGCUAUGUACUGCUGCAUGGAAAGCUAGAGCACUCCUUCCAGUUAGACUUCAUGCUGCAAACCUGUUGAAACAUCAUAUUGUAAUUUUGAGUGCAAUCUUCUGGUUACACACUUAUUUAUAAACAAAUAUAUACACUGUAUAUAAAAAUAGCAGGUACCUAAAACUGUGCCAUUCAAGGAAAUACUCUUUAAUCUCUGUUGGAAAUAUUUAAAAUUAAGGUAAAAGUGUGCUAAGUAACUUAGGUAGCAGAAGUGGUUCAAUGUUAUUUUUCUUGUAAAUCCUACUAGAUAAACCAUUAUUUAAAUGACUUAUUUAGGAUAAUAUUUACCCACAGGGAACUAGCCAUAAAGAACUUGAGCUUCAAAAUUUUCUCUGUGGAGGCAUUUCCUUUGUAUGUGACAGUAACAUAGAUGCUUUGUUCUAAGUGAAAACAAAAUGAACAACUCCUUAUAAAUUUCUAGUUAAAAGUGCAAACAGUCUGAAUCCCUUUAAACUCUUGAAUAGUAAUAUCCUGGUUGGGCUUUCCAGUUACUUCCUAGGAUUUUUAAAGAAUCAAAGUGGAAAAACUACCUGACAAUUCUGUUCACAUUUAAGAAGAAAAGCGAGAUCUUUUUUUGGCUUUCCGUGUUCUGUUUUCCAAUAAGAACAUGCUCAUAUUUUUAUGUAUAAGGACAAAUAUGGUAUCAUCAUUUUAUUAAGUUCCUGUUGUUCAGAAAUACCUGUCUUCCUCCUCCUGUGUUCCACCAUGACUACCUUAUCUAAAAGUGUUGUGCUUUUUGUCUUUAAAGGUUUCCAAAGGUGCCACUCCUUUUUUUUCCUCUUCCCUCAUUUCCUGAAGGAGGGACAAAAGUCUAUGCUUAUCCUACCUAAAUGCUGAACGCUUAGUUUGAAAACAGCCUUCUUGAUAUAUCCAAUACAAAAAGAGUUCCAGAAAAAUAUAUGUUGUUAGAGCAGUAGAAGUUGAUGUAAAUAGUGACUGUUUUUUAUUCUUACUCCUGUGCAAAUAGCACAGCUUAGAUACAAGUGCAUAACGGAGUAACUGUGCUCCAUGUGUUUAUGUAUUAAUACCUUACAUGGUUUUUUUUUUAAUUUUGUAUAUUCUUGGGAUCUGAACAGCAGCCUCUUGUAGUUGGAACAGGCUUCACAUUAAUUCGUUUGGAAGAAGGGUCAGAUCCUGGAAGCUGUUGUUAUUUUAAUAUCCUGUGUAAUUAAAAAAAAAAUCACAAGCUGAAUCACUUAACUUGUAUCUGAAUGUAGUAAUUUGUUUUGUGAAGUUUUGCUUUGAAGUACUGGCACCAUCUUAGUUAUGCGUGAAAGAACAAUCCAAGAGAACUUAAUUGUGCCUUUCCCACAAUAAAUACAGUCUUUUUGUCAGAAAUGGUUACUUUCAGCUCACAAACACCACUAGUAUCCAUUCACAUAAUUUCUUUGUAGGGUAUGCAAAAUAUAAUGUACUGUUUCAUGAUAGUAUUAUAAUCAUUGUUUGCAUUCCCCAAACUUGUGAUUACUAUCAGUGGGGGCCAAUUUUGAAGAAAGCAUGAUUGAAGAAAAGCAUCUGCAAAGCAGGUACCAGUCUUGGAGGGUGAGAGAUUUGAGAGACUUGAUGUAGUCACGUUGCAGGCCACAAACUAUUGAUGUUUUAGAAUUAGUUCAAUGGUGUGGAAUUGUCUUACACUUUUUAUACAAAAUUAUUUUUAGAAAUUAUCCUUCAUUCAGUGUAGUCUUGUUUUAUUAUAAUUUGCGUAAGCUGGCUACUGUGCAUGGUGAGAUGGAUGGCUAGUAAUGAUAGUUAGAACUGACAAAUCUUAGCCAAAUUAUGUUCUAGGUGGUUUAGGUUCUAGGGUCCGUAUUUUGAACAUUCAUAUGUGUACCUGGAAAAAUGGGAAUCCUGCAUUCUUUGCGUAGAUAAACCUACUUUAGAAAAUUUGUCCUGGACUUGGGUCAUGGAGGUCUGCAGACUGAAUUACUGCAAGUUGAGAGUCCAUCAGCAAAGAUACAAGUCUGGAAUAGGUUUGAUCAGUUAGUGAAUCUACUGAGGAAUCAAUUCCUUUGACUUGAUGAAUUUCGAGGUGGUUUUUUUUUGCUGGAAAAAUGCAUUUUACCAUUUAUUGAAAAUGCUUUCUACAAAGGGAUAGUUUAAUAAGGAAAUAAAUACCUUCCCGGUUUUUCAGGAUUGCUGUUAACUGCAGAAAAAAACAUGUUGACUGUUUCUCCUUUGAAUUGUAGGUGGCAGGUUUCCUAGUUUCAAAUCAAUCUGCAUACAGUUACCACAAUUUCUGCUUGUUGAGCUGUUUGUGUAAUUCUUUGCUUCCAAUGCAGCAUUUAGUAUAUUUCUCGAGUGACACGUCAUUUGAUUUGUACAUCUAUGAUUUAUAGCAAGAACUAGACAGGGGAUUAACCUGAACCAAGAGAAGAAUUUUUAACAGAUUUCCUGAACUUUUAAUUCGGCCUUACAAGGUGGUCUAGUGAAACAUAAAUGAUUGUUGGUGGUAACAUUGGAUAACGUGUAUGCAUUUGAAUCUACAAUAAAUAUAAGCAGACAAUGAAAAUAAAAUGACUAUGCAGUUUAGUACUGUGUAGUGAGACUAUCAGAGGCCUAGUAUAUUUCCUUCAUCAACUGGUUUUGUAACUGAAUGACACAGGUUCCCAAAGUCUCUGAUGUUACAGACCGUAGACUGUAUUAUACAAGUUAUCAGCGCAGAUCGCUGUAAUUCCAUCUCAAUGGAAUGUUUGCUAGGAAAUAGUAGAUUUGUUUUCAUAAUGCACCUGCAAAACUGCAUAUGGGAAACAAAUUUAUUAUUUUUAAAGAAAAACUGCUAAGGGAGAUGGACUCUGAGUUUUGAAUCUUUAGGUUAAUCACAUGUGUCAGGAAGUUCUUGAAUUUAAUUUGUUAAAAGCCUAGGUCCAAACUGUCUUGCCCUAGCCCCCCCCCCCCCCCCCCCCCCAUGCCUUGAUUUUCAUGGGAGGAAAAACAUGGAUACAUACACUGAAAGGGGAGUAUUCCAAAUUUUCUCAAGAAUCAAAAUAUUGGUAACUGCAAAGAUAAAACCCCUAGAUGAACUGUGCACCACUGAUGCACUUCGCUGAUGAGUCUAAACUUAGCUAGUGUCAUCUUAGGGAUGUCUCGUUGACAGAUAUUUAACUUAAAAGCCUAAAUUCCUUAGAGUUCAAGUAUAAAAUAAGGAUUAUAUAAUUACUCCAUUUAGCGUCUGUCCUUACGGAUGUGUGUGUGUGUGCAUGUGUGCAUAUAUAUAGGGUAUGCAUGUGAGCACAUGUGUUUUGUGAGAACUCAUAAGUUGUACAAAUGUAAAAAGUUGUUUGGCUCAAGCAGAGCUGAUACAAAACAGGAAUGAAUGCUACCAGAGGAUUGUGAUGCCUCAGAGAGUAGACUAAUGUUAUUACUGUCCACUUAAAGUGAAGUUUAUUGAUGUGAUUGUUCUAAUGAUUUCUACAGCAAUGUCUGACCCUAUGACACUUACCUUUCCUCUCUGCCAGUAUAUCUUCCUAAUGUGCAAAAGUCAAAGGUAAAAUUCCAUAUAAAGAAAAAAGGAGAAGGUGGGUUUUGAAGUCUAGCCCAAGGCUGUUUGCAUUCCCAUUCUGCUUUUGUGAAUAUCUGUUAUACAGGGGACAUCUCUGCCAGAAGGGAGCUCAGGAUCAUUGGAACUAUACUGAUAUAAGUACAGUGGAGUUAUAGAAAAUACCAGCUUCAGUAGUAAAAACAGCAUAGCUUAAAGCUUUAUCUUUAUAUGAUAUAUCUUACACAGGUUUAUAUUUAUGCGUGGUACUCACACACUAGGUAGUUUCAGAACUGGAAUCUCUACAUACACAGCAACUGAAGUAUAUGGUUAUAUAGGUAAUCAUACACUCAGUCUUGCACACCACGCCAGGGAAGUGGGCGUGGGGAAGUGCUUUACCACCAUUUCACCUUCUACCUUUCAUGUGAACAUUUAGGCAGAAUUUUUCAAAUUUGCCAAAGAGACUCGAAGAGCCAUCAAACUCCCUCGAGUGGAUUUGAAAAGCUCAGCCCGAAGGGUUCGGUGGCCAGGAAGGAGCCCGUGGCAUGUGGGGAGCUCUCCAUGGUGCUCCGGACACUGAACCGGGUCUUGCAGUGCUGCAGGCAGCGCCUGCUCGGGCUCUUCCACACAGGCGGCGGGUAGUGAGGUUCACAGGCUAGUAACUCCAAAAUAUAUGUUAAGAUCUGACCCAGUCUUCAAGUGGCAUGGAAGCUCUCUGUCAUCUGAGAGAUACUAGCUCGUGAUUCACCAUUGCAACUGAGAGUUAGUGCCUGAAAUGUCAUGUGCAAAGAGAACGGUUUCACAAUGCACGCUUGUCAAGUCAGCGGAAGGAGGUAUGACUGCAGUAGUUUAAACGCUAAUAAACAAGGCAUGUAGCAGUGCCCAUUGGUGUAGGCGAUGUAAUUAGCCUGAGUAUAAAAUGAAAUGGUAUUGUCUAUGUAUUGCAAAGUUCUCAAGAAUUGCUAGUUUCCAUCACAAAGACUUAAUAUGUGUGCAAAUAACAAAUGUGUUACAAGGUGUUUUUUUAAUCUUGGCUGACAAAUUUGUGUUUUGCAAGAGCACUUUUUGCUAUUUUAAUUCUUUUCAGUUUGACUAAGCUAUGGAUAACUGUAUGGGUUGUAUGACAGGGUAGAAUUUUCAUCGUUGGUGAAAUUGGUUUUGGUGACUCUGGUGAAAAUAGUUUUAUUGCCUUUCAAGUACAGCUCAUUCCAACUUGUGAUGGUUCUGUUGCUGGUUUGUUUGUUUUUUCUUUCUUUCAUCCAGCUUCCUGCAUAAGGUUUGUUACUUAAUUGUGGUGUUGGAAGAAAUGUUAGCUGAAAGAUCCUCUAGCUGUAUUCAGCAGUUACUUGGUUGAUAUUUUUCCAAUAUUCGCAAUAUAAGACAUUACUCUUGCAUACUAGUUCAGUGGGGGUUUUUUGUUGUUAUGUCGUUCCAGAAUACACAUUUCUGGAGGAUCCUUCUUAGCUCUAUUCCAUUUCAUGUUGCCAGAAAACAGCCUAUACAGAUUAAUUAAGAGUUCUAAUCUAACCAAUUAGCGUUUCCUCUUUACAAAAAUAAUCAGUAGGGAAAUUACAUUUCUCCAAUGGGAACAUUAGCUUUUGAGUCAGCAAAUCAAAUAUUCAGUUUAAAUGUAGCUGAAUAUUGAACUUAAACCAUGCCCUACUGUCUAGAACUUACCAUAGUUUUAUAUUUAUAUUUGGAUUUCUGGCAGAAGCGUGAAUGGAUUUGGGUCUGAUCCGUAAAGUGCUGAAUAUUCUAUGACUGUUACAAUACCUGCUUUAUAUGAUUGCUCUAACUCUUGGUGUUCAUCCUUCAUAUGAUACUCAGAAUGUAUCUUCAUAAGUUUAUUGAUGUUCCAUGUUUUUUAAUUAAGUGUUCAUUCAUGUGUUUGAGGUGAUUAAUUUUGUCAGCCUUGCAUUUAUUAUGUUUGCCUUGCCCCGAGUACAAUGAAUAUUUGUGUUUGUGACCAUCUAGUGGUGGUUUGGUUUUGGUUUGGUUUUUUUCCCAGAAUUCCUGGGUUUGUUUGUAUCUUAUUUGGUAUAUUCUGUUUAUUUUAGUGUCAGUUCUGAUUUAAUAAAUGUAAAUCAACUUCUAAUACUAAUUUGCCACUUGUUAACAAUAAAGCAGUUAUGCCAAUAAAACUUUGAUGCACACA